AACGUCAAAUACGUGAAUAUUUUUCAUCUUGUCUAAUUGUCUUACCUUUGUUUUCUUAUAUAUGAUCCAUUAAUUAGGUUCUAUAAUGCUCAAGUUGCGAUGAUCUCAGUGGUUUAGUUAACUAGUGCUCGAGAGCAGUGACUCACAGGAUGUCGGACGACACGAACGAAGUAUCGAAAGUGGAGAGCAGCGGCGGGGCGGAGGAGGCUCGGCGCGGCUUGGAGGAAGAGUUUAAUGUCCAGCGCGCCCGAAUGAAAGAACUUUUCUUGCAGAAGGAAGAGGAGCUCCGGGCCCAGCAACAGGAACGUGAGCAGCUGCAGUCGGAGGUGCUCGGGCUGCGCGAGGAGCUGGCCCAGCUGCAGACGUUGGCGGAGAACCAGAAGUCGCACAUCCUCAACCUGGACUUGAUUGUCAAUGAGACGGUGUCAGCGUCGUCUGCGGUGACAGAAGAGGCGCGGCAGCUGCGCGUGCGGUGCGCGGAGCUCGAGCACCAGCUGCGGUUGCAGCAGCAACAACAACAUCAACAGGACGUGAGCAUCGCGCCCGCCACGCUGGUGCGCUCGCUGGCGCGCCGGCUCGUCGACCAGGACGAACAGACGAAGAAGCCCACGGAAGAUGGCGACCUGCAGCGCUGCGAGAUGGAGAUCAGUCAGCUCAAGAAUAAGCUACGAGAGACAGACGCACAACUACAGGAAGCACUCAGGAGUAGAACAAACCAUCCCACGCCUGCGCACGCGAGUGGAGACACGAGGACAGACCCUGAUGGCGGCCGCGCGUGCGACAUGUGCGCCAACUACGAGAAGCAGCUGGUGCACGAGCAGCGCGAGGCGGCCGCGGCCAGGGACCGCGCCGCCAUGCUCGAACACGCCUUAAAGUUGGCAACCGAAGAGCUCGAAAGCGCUCGCUCCAUCCACGACGAGACCAUCCGCUCGUGGCACACCGAGCGGGCCGCCAGCACAGCCCUACUGGAGGACCUGAAGAAGGCUGUGGAGUCCGCGAAGGCAGCGCUGGAGGCGCGCGCCGCCGCGGCCAAGCAAGCCUCGGAGAGGGCCUUAGAACAAGUUACUAAUCUGACUGUGGAGAGAGAAGAGUUGCAGAGAAAACUUGACAGCCUGGAGCGCGAUAACGCCAUGCUGGUGGGGCGCUUCACGAAGAGAGCCGAGGAGAUGCAGAACGAGUUUAUCGAUUUGCCCGACAGCGUCGAUGAUCUGCAACUGUACAGCCUUGAACUGCGCGAGAAGCUGAUCUGCGUGCAGAUCGGGCGAGAGGAGGCGCUGGCGGCCGAGCGAGACCUGCGAGCACAGCUGCUGGAGCAGAGCCAGCAGUUCCAUCGCCAGGAGGCCGAGCUGCAGGAGACCAGGAGCGCCCUGCGACAGACCAGAGAGGAGUUGGACCGGCUGGCGACGGAGCGCGAACAGCUGCAGGAGUUAGGAGGAAAACUGCGGACGUCCACCGAUCAAAUAGCGGCGUUGCUAGAUGAUAAGAAACGCCUCCUAGACGAGCGCACGGAACUGAAGCAGCGCGUGGCUGCCCUCCAACAGGAGUUGGACAACAGCGAGAAAGUGCAACAGGACUUCGUGCGGCUCUCACAGUCGCUACAGGUGCAAUUGCAACGGAUCCGCGAGGCGGACACGGAGGUGCGGUGGCAGCACGACGAGGACGUCUCCGAGUGCCCCACGUGCCACGUGCAGCUGCCUAACAGCAAGAAAAAGGUGCACUGCCGGCACUGCGGGCGCAUCUACUGCGCGGCGUGCACCGCGCACGCCGUGCCGUCGGGCCCGCGCCGCGCGCCGGCGCGCGUGUGCGCCGUGUGCCGCACGCUGCUGCAGCCCGACACCGCGCCCUACUUCAGCACCGCGCCGCCGCACUCGCCCGACUAAUCGGUGGAUACUACCCUACUGAAGACUAUAGCCUUUAUCCGAAAUAAUAAUGGUUCCCGUGUUACCUAAACAAAAUAGUCGCAAAUAUACCCGGAAUGGUCUGAGAUGGCUUUUAAACCUAGCUUUCGCACUGAUCCUAGUUUCCUAUGUCCCGAAAAUACUAAAUGAUACGCUUUUGCGCUGUAUUAUGUCUAUACACACGUCUCAUUCCGAUAUGGCAUCAUAUUUUGGGGAAGUUACGAUACAAAGAAGUUGUUACAGACUAGCCGAUGUCUGGAUGCUGCUACACCUAUUAAACUUUACAACUUUAGUUUCCAACAAUGAUACCGUGAAAAUUUUGCUCAACUCUAAUACCAAAAGUAUAUCGUUUUGAUCGUUGUUCAUACUAAACAAAGCCAGUUAUAAUAUAAAAAAAUAGGUUCCAGCACUUAAAUUAUGUAUAUUAGAUACAUAAUUAAUUGGUUCAUUUGAACUCAAAUCCUAUUUCUCAGUUACACAGAAAUAAGACCUAAAAUAAACUGUAGUAUAUAGAUUACCUACCGUAUGUAUUAAAACCGAUAUACCUACUUCAAAUUUGUAAAUAUAACUUGUAACUAUAGACGAAUAAAAUUCUCUAGCUUGCGAACAGGUAAAUUCUACUUUGUGGAACAGAUUUAUAUAUUUAAUUUUCUACCUUAAGAUAAAUAAGUUGAUAUUUUAACACACGCCGCUCAGUUUGCUUGUAAUAUAGAUUUUAUAAUUACUACGUUAAGGUAGAAAAUCAAAUAACAGAUGGUCGACGUCUCUUUCUCUUGUCUUUUGUAAUAUUGGAAUCAUUCACGCGAUAAUGUUGAUAGAUUUAUGGUCUUGGGUUGGUAUUCCACCUAUCCAAUUUUGAAUUUCAAUGUGCAUUGCGUCUCACUCUCUCACUAAGCAAAAUGUGAGACGCAAAUACACAUAAGAAAUUGGACAGGUGUAAUAACACCCUAUCAAAAAAUUCUAAACUGUAAAUAGAUUAAAAUCUAUAGUAUAUUAGUAUCGUAUGGAUAUUUUUGUUGUUUAAAUGUGUUGCGUCAAUGAAAUUGUACAUUUGAGUAUAUAAAUGUUAAAGUAUUUAUUUAAGUCUGCUGUCAUUUAUGUCUAUAAAGAAGCUUACAGUCAGCAUAAGAAGCGGCUGAACGGACGACGUGUUAAAAAUUAUUUAUGGAUGCUUUUAUUCGAUUCAAAACGAUCACCCUUCCCCUUGAUUAUUUUUUUUUACCGCAAAAUACAAAGACUUGUGUUCUAAUAAACUUGUGUUCAGUAAAAUUUUGAACACCUCGCCCGUUUAGUUAUUUUGCUGAUUGUACCUACACUGCAAAACGUAAUUUAAGACCAAAAAAAGUAAGACAAUGUUGCCACUGCAAUAAUUUGUUUGUAAAAUCGUUUUGAUAAAUACACGCUAAGAUAAUUUAUUUAUUAGUAGUUUUACUCCUACGAUUUAAAAAAGUACUUUUAUUUAUUUAUUUUUACGUAAAUACAAGACGCGCUAGUAAAAAGUGGCAACAUUGUUUUACUUUUUUUGGUCUUGGAUUACGUUUUGCAGUAUAGCUAGUAAGUUGUAGGGCAGAUAUAAUCGAUGACAUCAUUGUUACCGUGCCUUACAUCUUGGGGAUGUCCACAGUUUUUGGUUGAUUUCAAUUAUUCAGCCUUCAAUUCAAUUGCGAAAUCACAGAUAAGUAGUUUCAUUCAUGUGUGUCCUAGCAAUCACAAAUGGGAAAAAACUAUAACAGAUGCUCCAAGUUUGAGUUACUGUGCAUCAGUGUAUGCAGAAAAUUUUGCUAACCAUAUCCGCUUAGCUACUUCUGGAACUAGCAUUUUUUUAUGUCUCAUAGCUUAUGUCCAUUUUAUAUUUUGAACGAUGUCAAAAAAGAAGCAUAUACCAUUUUAUUAACACGUGUGUACGUGGGUGAUUUAUUAUUUCAAAGUUAGUUGGGCCAGUGCCUCCAUGGUCCAGCGGUCACAUUGGAAGGGCCUCCAUCUGUAUAUCGUCGGGUGACAAACAAAGUCGGGUCACUAACUAACACCAUUGAAAUUAUUGUAUAUUAAUAAAAUACGGGUCUCUAUUGUUUCCCAAAUAGUUUUAAGUCAUAAUGUAUUGUUUGUCCGAAUUUUCGUUAGUCAUAAUAGGUUUUUCUCAGAAACGCGUAACUUUUCAGGAUUGACAUAAAACAAACCCAACCUAUCUACAGCACAACCUUCCUGAAAAUCCUGAAAAGUUAACGGUUUCAGUUUUAUGACUAACGAUAAUAUGACAAACAAUACAUUAUGACUUAAAACUUUAUGGGAAACAAAGGGACCCCAUAAAAUACAUUGCUACUUUAAUUUUUUGAUAGUACUUAGUGACUUUUGCUUGUCACCCGACGAUAUAUUAUUUAAUGCGUUACGAUAGGGUUCACGAUGAGUCGAUGACGCUAUGACGCGCUAAGGCACUUGCCCGACUGAGUUUAGCGGGCGCAGCACGGUUCCAUUUUUAUCGACUAUCACUAUGCGCGUCCCUUUCGCACUAACAUACUUGUUAGAACGUGACAGGCAUGGUGACAAGCGAUAAAAACGCGACCGUGCUACGCCGCUAGGUUUCAAACGUUUAUACAUCUGACAGUGCUAGUUGGAAAUGUGGCUGUUGUUUAUCUAACUAUAUGUUUAAUUAUAAUUUAUUGUUGUAAUAUAAAACGUUCUAUUGUACAUAAUAGAGGUCGAUAAGAAUUA